UUUUUUUUCUUGCUUGAUCUUGUACCUGGCACGCGCGCGGGCGCACGGGCUCUCUCCUGGAGUCCGCUCAUGAGGGCUGGUUGGAGACAAAUCUUCUGCCCGGGGCCAGACGUCUGGAGAACGAACCUUGGGGGAACCAAGAAACCAACCUAAGUACCCCGGGACGGUGCAGUGCUGGGAGCGCAGGCGAGCUAAGAGCUCCAGCUCAGCCAGAGCUAGGAGACCUGGGCUUUGAACUGAACCCGCCGGCGGGACGCUCCAGCCGCUGGGACUGACACUGCUCAGGACUCCGCGUCAGUGACUGCUGAGUGUUGUUGCCUCGACUACCGACUGGCUGCCCUACUUCCCAGGGCUGAGAACGGAGGAGUUACCACGAAACACCUGUUCCCUGGCUUUUGCCGCUCUUGGCACUGGACUCCUGGUUGGGUGCUAGGAUGCUUCCUUUGGCUUUGUCCACGUUUCAUCGCGCUUCUGCUGAUUAUUGCUAUGCUGAGCCGGUCAAAAAUCAAAUUGACAGGGUUGCUACUGUACUGACGGAGUCUCCAUCCCAGACCCCAAUAAAUAACUAGGAGAGUGGGGUCUUCUGUCCUAACUAGCACAACUCCGCUCUGGAAUUGAUCUUGGUCACUCUUUCACCAAUAUUUGGGCUGCAGUGGCCCCAAGCGUGCUACCGGACCCUGGUGGUGGGAAGGGAACUUAGAGGACCGGACCUCAACACUCAAGACCUCAACAAUGGACCAAGUUUAUGAAAUUCCCGAGGAACCGAAUGUCGACCCAAUUUCAUCCCUGGGAGAAGAUGUCAUCCGCGGGUCCAACCCCCGAUUUACUUUUCCAUUUAGCAUCCUCUUCUCUACUUUUUUGUACUGUGGGGAGGCAGCCUCUGCCUUGUACAUGGUUAGAGUCUAUCGAAAGAAUAGUGAAACCUACUGGAUGGCAUACACCUUUUCCUUCUUCAUGUUUUCAUCCAUUAUGGUCCAGUUGACUCUCAUUUUUGUCCACAGAGAUCUGGGUAAAGAUAAGCCACUGUCAUUGUUUAUGCAUCUAAUUCUCUUGGGACCUGUCAUGAGAUGUCUCGAGGCCAUGAGUAAGUACCUGACACUGUGGAAGAAGGAAGGGCAAGAGGAGCCCUAUGUGAGCCUCACCCGAAAGAAGAUGCUCAUAAACGGCGAGGAGGUGCUAAUAGAAUGGGAGGUGGGCCACUCCGUCCGAACCCUGGCUAUGCAUCGCAAUGCCUACAAACGUAUGUCACAGAUUCAAGCCUUUCUAGGUUCAGUGCCCCAGCUGACCUAUCAACUCUAUGUGACCCUGAUCUCUGCUGAGGUCACCCUGCCUAGAGCUGUGCUAAUGGUAUUUUCCCUGAUAUCAGUUACCUAUGGGGCUACCCUCUGCAAUAUGUUGGCCAUCCAGAUCAAGUAUGAUGAAUACAAAAUUCGCCUCGGGCCACUAGAAGUCCUCUGCAUCACCAUCUGGCGGACACUGGAGAUCACUUCCCGCCUCAUGAUUUUGGUACUCUUCUCAGCCACCUUGAAACUGAAGGCUGUGCCCUUCUUAGUGCUCAACUUCCUGGUCAUCCUCUUUGAGCCUUGGGUUAAAUUCUGGAGGAGUGGUGCACAGAUGCCUACUAACAUUGAGAAAAAUUUCAGUCGGGUUGGUACCAUGGUGGUACUGAUUUCUGUUACUGUCCUCUAUGCUGGCAUCAACUUCUCUUGCUGGUCAGCCUUGAAGUUGAAGUUGGCAGACAGAGACCUUGUCGACAAAGGUCAGAACUGGGGACAUAUGGGCCUGCACUAUAGUGUGAGGUUGGUAGAAAAUGUGAUAAUGGUCUUGGUUUUUAAGUUCUUUGGUGUGAAAGUGUUACUGAAUUACUGUCAUUCCUUGAUUGCCUUGCAGCUCAUUAUUGCUUAUCUGAUUUCCAUUGGCUUCAUGCUCCUUUUCUUUCAGUAUUUGCAUCCGUUGCGCUCGCUCUUCACCCAUAAUGUAGUGGACUACCUUCACUGUGUCUGCUGCCACUCGCAUCCGCAGGGCAGAACUGAGAACUUGCAGCCACCCGUUGACACUGAAACAAGACAAAACAUUGUUUGAUUUUUUUUUUACAAAUCUGUGUAUUUGGAAAUGGGUUUGUAGGUUGCAAAGAGUAACUGUGAACUUGGAGAAGAGGAAGCCCACGAGCAGAAAUAUUAACAGGGCCAUUUUCCUAAAUUUUCUGGUAGCCUAUUAAAAGAAGGAGCACACCUCCACCCAAAUUUCCUCAAGAUUGGUUGAUAUAUUUGGAGACUAUAGAGUAGUCAGUAUACACCCAGAAAGGUCAGAGAUACCAUUUACAGUCCUCCACUCUGCUGGCUAUCUUAGGAUAAAUGACCUUGAUGGUAGUUUAGGUUCUCUGUGACCUUCUAGCUCUGCUUAUUUGCUUGAGGCGUCCCUGAACUUUCCUCAGGCUAAGCUGAAGGAUUCCACCAGAAUACAUGCUAACUGCUCAGAGGAUUCAAUUGCUUACUUGCUAUGGGUAUUUCCCUGGAUAUAAUAUGACUAAUGUGAAACCUGUAAUUGUGUGACUGAAGUCAUUUCAUUGUGAUGAGAAACUCUGGUUCAGAAGAAAAACCACUGUGUUAGAACUUACCCCCAGU